AUAUUUGCAGAUUUUUGAAUAUAAAGGCUUUUGGUUACACUAGCUUUCCUGACAUUUUUUGUUCUUCCCAGACUUUUAAAAUUAUUAUUGCAGACAUUUGAAAAAAGUACCUGGCAUCUCUGCCUGUCAAAUUCGCAAAAUGUCAUCCAUAUUCGCCAGAAUCACCACUCAACAGGGAAAAUUUGCUCAAAAAGGUAUUAAAAAUUUCUGCUGGUUCGAUUAAAAAUGGAAACUGGUCCAGACGGUAAAGCACAAAAGGUUAAUUACUAUUUCAUCAAUUAUAAAACCUUUGUGAACGUCGUCAAGUACAAGCUCGAUCAUAUGCGGAAGCGUAUGGAAACCGAGGAACGUGAUGCCACUAGUGCAAGUUUCAAGUGUCCUUCCUGCGACAAGACUUUUACCGAUCUGGUGGCAGACCAGUUGUUCGAUUUUGCAUCCGGCCAAUUUCGCUGUACAUAUUGUGGCAGUACUGUGGAGGAAGACAGUUCAGCACUACCGAAAAAAGAUUCACGCUUACUGUUGGCCAAGUUCAACGAGCAAUUACAGCCGCUAUACGAUCUGUUAAGACAAGUUGAAGAUAUCAAGCUUGCUCCGGAAAUUCUCGAGCCUGAACCGGUUGAUAUUGAUACUAUUAGAGGUAUUGCCAAACCAACCAACAGGAUUUCAGAUGAGCAAUGGUCCGGCAAAGCAACGCGAACCAGUGGAUUCGCUGUGGAAGAAACCCGUGUCGAUGUUACCAUUGGUGAUUCAGACGCAGUGGAAACCACAACACAUCGGAAAGAUCGUUCGGUGUGCAUGACGGAAUCAACUGUUGUUACGAACGAUGUGGAUGAAAAUUCAGUUGAGUCAAUUUUAGAGAAAGCUGCAUUCACCUCCACACAACCCCCCGUGGUCACCAAUUGCACUAGUGUUAUUUAUUCCGCACGGAACCGUAAAGAUGCCGACGAUAUUAUGUCGGUAUUGCAACAGCACGAGAAGCAAAGCUCUCACAAUGCAACGAAUGAUGCCAUCAAGGGGCUAGAUCUCAACAACGAGCCAAGUAGUGACGAUGAGAAGGAUAUUGACGAUACAGAGAUUCCCACUGUUGAAAUUAUGGAUACCGAUUCGGAUGACGAUAUGCCAAUGAUAACGGUGGCGGGUAGACCACAGCCACUGGAUUAGAUCAAUGACACGCUGAUAGCGGAAAUGAAUCCACAGGAGAAAGAAACCUACAUGGUGUAUCAAGAUCAUUUCAGUCAUAUAUAUGAUUAGAUGGAACGACGAAAAGUAAGUGGCAUUAAAAAGUUGAAUUUAAAA